AUUCCAUUCUCUUGAAAUAAAAAAAUGCAGUCUAGGCCUGAAUUACCUGUUUAUGGCCGUGAUGAAGAUCGCCCUAUAAGGCGAUACCAUAGCGCUAGCUACUAUGCCCACAGGGUGAAAGAAAGUUUAACCACAAGAGUUUCAAAACUAGUAUGUUCUAUAUUCUUAGGCCUUCUUGCAAUUGUUGGACUCAUCACAUUCAUUUUAUGGCUAAGUCUUCGCCCUCAUCGGCCACGAAUUUUCCUCGAUGACUUCUCUGUUCCAGCUUUAGGCCAAGGAGUUGGCGGACCUGAAAAUGCACAAAUAAACUUCAAAGUCACAGCAAGAAAUUCUAAUCAAGGUAUUGGCGUUUACUAUGAUGCAAGUCAAGUGACAGUGUAUUAUCAAGAACAAAGUAUUGGAGGUUACCAAGUGUUGACACCAUUCUAUCAACAGCCUAAGAACAGUACCAUUUUUGCUAGUAUGCUAAGUGGUUCAUCAUUGACAGUGACAGGAUCACAGUGGAAGCAAAUGCAGAAUGAUCGAACGAGAGGGCCAGUGAUUUUUCGUCUUGAAUUAACAUCAACUAUAAGAUUUAAGAUUUCGUCGUGGAACAGUAAACGCCACAGGAUGCAUGCUAAUUGUCCUGUUGGAGUAGGACAAGAUGGCAUGAUAUUGCCUGAUUAUAUGGAUAAGAGAUGUCCAGUUUAUUUUAGCUGAUUUAGGAAGGGAAGCAUUCAUUUCAAAUCUUUUCCAUUUGUUAUCUUAUUCUUGUUGAUUUUUUCAUUUUUAGGAUUGUAUUUUACUAAUUGAACUGCAUUAUUUCUGAAGUAAAGAAACUCUAAUGAACCAACUGAUAUAUAUGUUUCUUUAACAAAGUAUGACAAAUAGCAGUGGAAAUGUA